AUGUUCUACUACGCCCGCUCCUUCAACCAGGACAUCAGCGCGUGGAACGUGUCUGCAGUCAUCACCAUGAGCCACAUGUUCACCUCCGCCCGCUCCUUCAACCAGGACAUCGGCGCCUGGGACACGUCGGCAGUCACUUGCAUGACCUACAUGUUCGCCCACGCCUUCAACCAGGACAUCGGGUCGUGGGACGUGUCGGCGGUCACCAUCAUGCGCGCGAUGUUCUUCAGCGCCACGUGCUUUUCCCACACCCUCUGCUCGGAUGCGUGGCGCGACUCCAAGAGCAAUGCCGACCAGACAAGCAUGUGGGGUCAUGGCAUGUUCACCGAUACAAACGGCGGGGGCAUUUGCUAG